AUGGCCGUCACACCAUCCCAGGCAGUACUCUUCACCUGGAUUGCCGCGAUAGCCCCCUCGCUCUCGGACUGGGUGGCCGGCUUCGCUGCUGGGCGCUCCGCGCUGGCAGCCCCAGGCCGCGCGGCGGCCGUCGGCUGGGGUUCGGAGCCUCCGCUGUGGGACUGCUCCUGCUGGCACCUGCCCGUCGUCAGUGGCGCCCGAGCCGCCGGGCCUGCCCUCGCUGGGUCCCUCAGUGCGGCUCGCGCCCGACGGUGCCGCGGCGAUCGAGGUCCUCUGGCCGUGCGUGGGAGCCUCGCGUUCUCGGCCGACCUCGCUCUCGCCGGGCGCUUGGGGUUCGGGGUCCUCGAGGAGCUCUUCGUGCUGUACUUGGCCGCUGUGCUGCAUGGCCCGACUCGACGCAGCUCCGUGCGAUCCGCAGCGGAGCGAGACUGGCAGUCGGGGACGCAGCUGCUCGUGUCGCUCGUCCCUGAUCUCGGGUUCAGGCACGAGCGCGUCAUCAUGCGGGCAUGUGACGUUUGUCCCUGGAUCAUGUACACGGACGGCGGCGACAUGUGGGUGUACCCUCUGACGACGGGUCAGUCGUCGAGGUCUCUGCCGUACUACGUGGCGGAGGUUGUGCCGCUCGCAAUGUUCCUGACGGACGACGUACUGCACGGGCUGAUCGUGGAGGCCCGCAUCGAGGUGGCGUCCUUGCGGGAGUCUGAGCCCGAUCGCCACACGCCAGCAGGCCCGUCCUACUGCCUGUCGGUGGAUGGCCGCCAGCGCCCGCCCCGUCGCCGCCGUCCCCAGGGCGAGCAGGUGAGGCUCGCCGGCAAGGAAAGCAACCCACCUGCCGCCUACGCGGGAGCGGGAGCCGCCGAGUCACCUGGCGGCGCCGGGUACGCGGGCGGCAGCAUGCUGGCCGCCGACGGCGAGCGUCAUCGCUGGCUGGCCAGCAAGCCUGGUCGGAUCGGGGAGUUGGGAAUCCCUGUGCUGCACGCAUACGUCAUGAUCGGGCUGGGUGACCGCAGCGUCGCCGACAUCGACGGCGAGACGGUGCCGAUGCGGAGCGCUUCUGAGACCAACGUGGCCGACUACGCGACCAUGAAGACCUCGGCCUACGAGGUGGCGGUUCACUACGUCGGCGGCGCGCCCAUCUACUUCGGGCGGCGUGUCGAGAUCGUGCCGAGCCGCGCGCCUUCCCACGGCGAUGGAGCCGAGCCGACCGCCCCCGCAGAUGCCGCCGAGCCGAGCGAUGUUCGCACUCUGUGGGUGGACACUGACGCCAUGAACGACCCGCUCAAGUCUUGGCGUAAUGAGGUCAUGGAGAGCUACCCCACGGUGUGGACCGACAGCCCUGUGGAGGUGCGGGUCUGCCCGAUGUUUAUCCCCAGCCACUCUGAUCGGCAUGGCGACAUCGUCAGGAGGCGCCUUGACCUCUGGUCUCGCUCGAAGAUUCUCUGGCCGCACGAGCAGGUCAUACACGAGCUCUCCGUCCUCUACGAGGUCAUCUACGAGGGGGGCUCCUACGACCAGCUCAACAAGCCGUCGCUGUUCAUCUUCGAGUGCAUAGUGCGCCGCUUCCAGAGUAAUGUGGACGUGUGCUCGGGUGACUCCUCUUGGCCGCAGUGGGCCAGCGCAGGGCUUCACUCCAGCGUGGGUUUUGCGGUGGUCAUGGUCGCGCCCGAGCUGGAGCACUACGUGGCCAUGACGGCCGUGGACGAGGCCGAGGUCGAGUCCAUGCGGGUGCAGGCCCGCAUCCUUUUGAUCUCUGCCGACGUCGCCGCUGCUGGCGGCCCCCCCGCCGCUGGACGCAGUGCACCUGUCGCCGCCGUGGCGGGCCAGCCCUCCAAAGGCCGCGGGGUCUACGACACCGAGACGGCCUACACUACCCUGGCACCCUACCAACGGGGCGCGGUUUCUCUUCCUUGUGACGUCUCGACGGCCCCGGCCGUGGGAACCUUGGUCACGGGGCGCGCCCUCGAGUAUCUGGUGGAGGCAGAGGAGCAGAUGAUCAGGGCCGAUGCUGAGGUCCAGCUUGACCGUGAGACGAAUGGCGAAAUCAAGAUCUACACCGACCCCCUGCUCGCCAAUAGUCGCCGCCGGUACUCCACCUUCGUGAAGGAUCUGAAGCGGAAAGGCUUGGUGGGCUUCACCCGCGAUCCCAAGGAGUUCGUGGGUGUUUUCUUCGUCUGGAAGAAGGAGCGCGCCUCCAUGAGGAUGGUGCUCGACUGUCGCCGCUCCAAUCAACGUUUCGUGACCCCUCCUGGGGUCGAGCUGCUGUCGACCGAAGGGCUUGGUCGGAUCGAGUGCGACACGGAGCAGACCGGCACGUUGCCCAUCUUCCUGGGCAAAGCUGACGUGAAGGAUUGCUUCCACCGCAUGAUGUUCGGCAACCACCUCUCCAAGUACUUCUGCUACUCGGGCGGCCUGGCCAAGGAGCUUGGCAUCGUCGGGCAGCUGGUGGAGGGGGUGCCCGCUCGCGCUGACGACUACCUCUGGCCGUGCGCCCUCGCGUUGCCCAUGGGCUGGACGUGGUCGCUCUAUUUCGCUCAGGUGGCCAACCUCGGCCUGGUGGAACGGGUCCCCGCGGGGGCUCUGGCGGACACCAUCGCGGCCUUCGACGCCGCGGGCCUCGUCAUGCAUGACAUCUCGGUGGAGUCCGACACUGCCGAGGCGCUGGGAGUGACGCUCGAUGGCCAGAAACACCAGACCCUCGUCAACCACCGGCGCUACUGGAAGGUGAGACUCGGCCUCCGGUGGGCCCUCUCCUUGCGGCGCCUGGUAGGGCGAGAGCUCGAAGUAUUGCUUGGCCACUGUACAUUCGUGGGUUUGAUGUGCCGGGAGACCCUGUCCGUGUGGCACACCGUCUACACCUUCAUCCGUGAGCGGUACUGGGCCAAGAGCGACAUGUGGGAGUCCGCACGUCAGGAGCUCGAGUGCUUCCUCGGGCUGAUGCCGCUCCUUCGGUCUGAGUGGGAUCGGCCGUGGCUCACGCAGGUACUGUCCGUGGACGCCAGCCCGUGCGGCUGGGGGAUAGCCAGCUCCGAGUUCGUAGUGUCGAUGGUGAAAAAACAGGGCAGGAUCUCACUCGCCUGGUGGCUGACGGACACGGACCCGGAGACGUCCUGCCUCAGCCUGCGGAUCCACCUCGGUCCGUCGACGUGCCGGCUCAAGUUCCCGAAUCGCUCGAGAACCCAGAUUCUUUUGCCUGCGCCGUAUUCCACGACUGCCAUGAUGCGGACCCGCAGCCUGGAGGCGCCGAGCCAAACCAUCGCUGGCCAGAGGAGCUGGCUCACGACUGUCGGAGCGCGUCCGAUGACGACUUCGUGUCCGCUUUCAGCGACCACGGGGCUAGCGACGACGCCUACUUGGCUGCGACUGGAGACACGCUCGAUGCUGGAUACUGGGAAGGUGCCCCUAACCAGAGGGUCCCUGGUGACUCUGGCAGCCAAAAGGCCCGCCUGGGCUACAGCAGCAGUCACGGCCGCUGCCACCGCCGCGGCCGCCGACGGGGACAGCGAUGGCACUACUGCGGCCGACGAGAUGGAGAGGAGUCUCGACGGCAAGACGCCCGCUCCCCUGCUGGUUCGGUGUGCCAUCGCGGUGGAGUUCGCGAGGCGGGGCGAGCUUGUCAUGGGUGUCGCCGUGAUGAACGGAGUCAGCUGCUACCUCAGGCCAGAGCUCCUCAACCUUACCUCGGCCAACCUGGUGGCCCUGGGAUCGCUGGUGUCGCAGUACUGGGGCCUCCUUUUGCAUCCUUCAGAGAGGGAAAAGAGGAGCCAGGCCGGCGAUGCGGACGAUUCGCUGAUCAUCGUCUCGGCCCACAUGCUGCCGUGGGGUCACGAUUUCCUCCAGGCCUUGAAGGGGAAGGGCGGCCGGCUGUGGUCCUUCGAUUGUCUCACCUUCUGGGCGAAGUUGAAGACUGUCGCCAAGAUGUUGGGCUUGUUGCACCUUGUACCGUGCCUGAUGAGACAUUCGUGGACGUGGAUAGAUCGCCUCAAGCCAGAUCGCAGCCAGGAGGAGAGUCAGAGGCUCGGAAGGUCGAAGCGCUGGAAGAGUCUCAUGCGCUACAAGAGCGCCCGCCUCGGAAGCUUCUGGAACGAGCUCGCUGCCGAGAUGCCAGCGCACGUGUUUUUGUGCAAGGACGGCACCUACAUGGCCGACCUGUUCUCUGGCUCAGGCAAGGAUGCUCGGGCGGUCACGCGGCUGGGGUUCUCAGCUAAGGCCUGGGACAUCAUCCGCGGGCCCAACCAUGACCUCACAGACCCGGCGGUGCUCCGCCUACUGUUUUCGGACAUCCGUGACGGCAAGAUCUUCGCCGCCAUGAUCGCUCUCCCCUGCGCCUCGCUGACCAUUGUGCAAGCAGGCGCUUCGGCAGGGCCAGGCCUGAUAUCGAUCUGCCCAGGAUCGGUGCCGUACGGCGUCUUCGAACGCGCGUGGCGGAAGCUGCUCGAGGCGGGGCACCCCCCCGAGCCCGAGCCCAGGGUCCGGCCCCCGAGAGGACGGCGGGCCCGAGCCCGCCCCGGAGCCCUUCGUGCCGUCGGACGCCUGGGGCCUCGGGCCCCUGAGCGCCUGGGACGGCGAGAGCCGCAUCGUGUUCGACCGCAGAGGCCCGGGCGAGGGCACCCCGCCGUUCGAGCCGGAGCCCUCGGACGAGACGGCGUCCCUGUGCGCGGGGAACCCCGAGAGGCUGAACCUGGGCCACAAGCGCGGGGCGGGGCUGCUCGGUGCCUUCCGGGAGGCCCUGGGCGCCAGCGGCCUGGACGUGGGCGCCCUGGAGCAGGUGCACCGGGACCUCGCCGAGGCCGCGAAGGCCUCGCCGCGGCAGCUGGUGCGCCGGGACGGCCCCUGCCCUGGCCUGGCGGCGGCCUUCGCGCGCUUCUCGCCGGAGGUCGGAGAUCUCCCGGGCUGCGGCGCCGCCGUGCUGCACGUCUUCGAGCCGGCCGGCAGGCCGCUGGGUGGCGCCGGCAACGUCGCCAUGGUGUACGCCUGCGCCCCGAACGGCAGGUACCACGCGGCGCUCACGCCCAGCAGCUUCCUGUGCUCGCUGCGGUGCAUCGGCAGCAACAUCGCCCGCCUGGUGCGCGAGUACAACCGGGCGGUCGGCGCCCAGGGCGCCCCGGAGAGCUGGGAGCGCACCACGUGGUUCGAGUCGGACCUGCGCGCCCGGGUGGAGUACUACCUGUCCGACCGGAGCCUCGCCACGGACAGCUUCCUCCAGGAGAAGAUCCUGGGGGACGAGACUGGCUGGGUGGACCUCGAGCUGAUCAAGGGGUGCGAGGACGUGACCUUGCAGGCCCAGCUGCUGGGUGCCCUCAGUUCGUCCAAGACCGUCGAGACAAAGGUGGCCGACGACGGCAGGGUGUGCGUGCGGCGCAUGGGCGGUAAGCCCCCCCCGGCCCUGGAGGACGGCUCGCAGAGGAAGCGGAAGUACAUGCAGGGCCCCGGGAGCGGCAGCGGUGGUGGCGCCGGGCUGCAGGGGGACCGCAACGACCCGACCUGCUGGGACUGGGUCAGGAGGGGCUUCUGCCCGCGCGGCGACGCCUGCCGCUACGCCCACGGGCCGCCCGCCGCCGCCGACGGCGAGGCCCCGCCGCCCGCGGCCGGCGCUCC